AUGGAAGGGAUUUUUAAAGAAUUUACAUUUUUACAAGCAAAAUAUAUUGCAUCAUCUGUAUUUAAUACUCUACAAAUAAUUGAAAAUGAUAUUCAAGAAGGUAUUAAAAAGUUAAGUGAUGGUACAUCAGAAAACCAAGAAGAAACAUUGAAAUUAAUAAAAGAACAGCUUCGUAAAGGAGUAACACAAUUAAUAAAUGGGCAAAAAGAAAUUUAUACAAGUCUUAAUAGGUAUGGAAAAAUAUUAGAUAAGCAAUUUAAGACAGAUUUAUCAUCUAUAGGUAUACAUGAAAAAAUUCCAGGAAAUGUAGAAGAAUUACAUCGUUUGAUUGCUCUUCAUUGGAUUCGUCGUGCAGAAUUUUCUCUAGUACAAACAUUUACCAAGGAAACAUGUCUUGAUAUACCUGAAAACCUACUUCACGCUUUUGGACAUCUCUAUCAGAUCCUUCAUGCACUUAAGAAUCAAGAAUUUGACGCAGCAAUAAAAUGGGCUUAUUCAAAACGAGAGCAACUUGAACAACGUAGCAGUAAUCUUGAAUUUGACCUUCAUAAACUUCAAUUUAUUUCAAUUUUAACACGAUCUGAUCCAAAUCGCAUACAAGUUGCUAUUGAAUAUGCUAAAACACAUUUCCCACUAUUUGCAUAUAAGCAUUUGCAAGAGAUUAAAAAGCUUAUGUGUCUAUUUUGUUAUGCCUCAAAUAUAUCACUUUCUCCAUAUAAUCAAAUAUAUACACAUGAACAUCUUUGGACUUCAAUACAAACAUCUUUUAAUCGUGAAUAUUGUUCUUUAGUUGGUCUUUUACCAGAUUCACCAUUGCAAACAGUUUCCAUUGUGGGCUCUUUAGCAAUACCAACAUUAUUGAAAAUGUCAUCAAUUAUGAAAGAGAAAAAGACCGAAUGGACAAGCGAAAAUGAGCUUCCAGUAGAAGUUCCUUUACCAAGCAAAUAUCGAUUCCAUAGUGUUUUUACUUGUCCUGUCAGUAAAGAACAAACAACCGAAUCAAAUCCACCACUCAUGAUUCCUUGUGGGCAUGUUAUAUCAAAAAAAUCAAUUGAACGGCUUUCUAAGGACAAUCCAUCUAAUAAGUUCAAAUGUCCUUACUGUCCCAAGGAAACUACACCACAAGAAGUUAUUUUACUUUAUUUCUAA